AUGUCAAUUGAAAUGGAAAAGCAUACAAAUAAACAAUUCAGAAUGAAAGAAUUUCAAGAACGUCCAUCUUUGUUGACAACACUUUUGACGCAAACAGAUUUGUCAUGUUUAAAGAAUUUCUUCUGCGCCAUGUUUUUCCUAUUAUUCUUGAAAACAGUAUUUGAAGAUAGCGUAUCUCACGGGAAUCCAGUGCAUCAUUUAUGGCUGAUAAAAUGGAAUUUCAACAAAUUACCGAUAACUUUAAUAUUCUGGUGUUUAUUAGCAGGUAGUACGUUGCUUAUUUAUUAUAGCUUGCAAUUCUGGAGUAGAAGACCAUGCAAAACGGAACCAAUGAAAGAUUUUAUCAUUUUAUUGUUUCUCUAUAUUAUCUAUUUAUGUGCAUUAUUCUAUUGCUGUUUUCGAUUUAUUUUAACGAUGCAACUCGAAUGUGCUUGCACCUUUAUUGUAACCUGCGAAAGUACACGCAUUUCAAUGAAAGUUCAUUCUUUUAUACGUGAAGUAUACUCGUUGGCAGUCCGUUUAAAAAUUGAAGCUGGUAAAACUGAUGGUCUCAAGGAUGAUGACAUUCCGGAAAAAUAUCCAACACUUGAGCAAUACGUUUAUUUCUUCUUCUGUCCCUCAUUAGUCUUUCGUCAAUCUUAUCCCAGAAAUUCAAAUUGCAAUUGGCAAGCUGUAAAAAAUUAUGCACAAGAGAUUAUUAUUAUUAUUUAUUGCGUGGAUCUUAUUUUUAUACAAAUGAUAUUACCUCAAUAUGAGAAAGAGAAUGUUACGGCAGUUAACUUUUCAGCAAAAGUAAGUAAUAUAUUUAAUUCGAUAACAGCUGGUGCAUUAUGUUUACUAUUACUCUUCUAUGGUUUACUACAUUGCUGGUUGAAUAUGUUUGCAGAAUUAUUGCGUUACUCAGAUCGACAAUUUUAUUUGAAUUGGUGGAGUUCAAAAUCGAUGGCUGAAUAUUAUCGAUUUUGGAAUUUAGUUGUACAUGAAUGGCUCUAUGCUUAUAUUUAUCGAGAUAUUUCACAGAUGAUUGGAGGAAAGAAAGGUCUUUUCAUUGCUCAAACAAUGGUAUUUUUCUUUUCAUCAAUAUUUCAUGAGUACUGGUUUGGUUUGGCUUUAAGAAUGUUCUAUCCUAUCAUAUUCACCUUAUAUUUCAUUUUCGGAGGAAUUUUCUAUUCGUUAUCACAAUUUAUCACUUCAAAACAAAUUUGGAAUAUAGCAAUGCAUACAAAUUUAUUAAUUGGUACUGGAUUAUUUGUAUCGUUGUACAGUGAAGAAUGGUAUGCUAGACAACGUUGUGAUCCAUAUUUUAAUCAUUUUAUUCUUGAUUUUAUCAUACCUCGUCAUUGGUUCUGUCAAACAUUAAACGAUCGAUAA